ACUUCUUGCCAAGUAGAAAAAUGUGGGACAGACAGCACCAGCACAAAAUGAGUUUCUAACUGGCUGACAAAUUGUACUCAACGUGUAAUCCUCAAUGGAGUUAUAACUACAUAGAGGGAAGUAAGCAGGCCUAGGAAGCAGUAAGGGAACCCCUUCCAAAAUCCCUUGCCAAGGAAACUGCAAGGCCAGGCAUCAAGACUGCCCCAAAGGCGCCAAAUACGAAGCUAAGUAGCAUCAGGUUUCACUUUUUCACUUGGCUCAGUUGCGAAGGUCAGUUGCUAGGAGACGAAAACAUCUUCCAAAAGCCAUAGCGGAGACUGGACAGGCGUGUUUUUCCACCUCCUGUCGCUAGAUGGCGGUCAGGCAACAUCUGCGCCUUGAAAGCCAUCAAUACAGCGGUGCCGUCCCUGAUCGCGCUUGAGUAUGCAUUGCUAGAUAGGAUGGGAUGAAAGGAGAAGCGCAGAAGAACUUCCUUUUCCGGAUGACUCAUGGGAGGAAGGUGGAGUGCAGAGCGGCUUUUCUGCUCUUCCCAGGGUCGAAGCAGCAGCUGGCAGACAAAGAUGAUGGCAAUGAAGAGCACUCUGGACAAUUGAGGAUAACAAGCAACAUUGAACAGCAAAGCAAGUCAGUCCACAAAUCAAAAUAUUUCCCAUUUUCUUCAGAGAGCCACACAAUUCUUCACCUCCCUCAACAGGUGAGAGAGAAAAUCAAGAAGAGAUUUCUAGCUGGGAAAAGUAAUGUGUGAAAUUCAAGCAUAUAUUACAUGAAAAGUCAAGGGAGAUUAUUCUUCCAUUGGGCAAAAGACGGAAAUAUCUGGAAGAUACUGGGGAGGAAAAGCUCAAUUGGAAAGCCACAUAGAGAAGACAGAGUUGCAGGCGUCAUUCUGGGAGGAAGAAAACAGCUUGAAUCAAAGCACCGCUAAACAAGGGAUCAUCCAUAUUUUGGACCUCCUCAGGAAUAUGAAUUGUGGAAAAGCUCCAUAGAUAUGCCUAUUGUGGGAAAGAUACAAGUUGCAAAUCACAGCUGAUUAUGCCUGAGAGGAUCAAGACUGGAGAAAAGCCAUACAAUACUCUAAAUGUGGCAAAACCUCUGAUCAGAACACCUCCAUUGUGGUUCUUGGAAGGACCCACACAGGAGAGAAGCCCUACAAGUGCUCCCAAUGCAGUAAAUGCUUUAGCAAGCAUGGCAACGUGGACUCACACCAAGGAGAAACCGUUUGAAUGUCCUGACUGUGGGAAAAGUUUCAGUAAAAAUUCCAACCUGGUGACACACCAGAGGAUUCAUACAGGAGAGAAACCCUUUGAAUGUCCUGAUUGUCAGAAAAGUUUCAGUACCAAUUCCAGUCUGGUGAUACACCAGAGGGUUCACACAGGAGAGAAACCCUUUGAAUGUCCUGACUGUGGGAAUAGUUUUAGUCGACAUUCUCACCUUGUUUCACACCAGAGUAUUCAUACAGGAGAGAAACCCUUUGAAUGUCCUGAUUGUGGUAAAAGUUUCAGUACCAAUUCUAACUUGGUGAAACACCAGAGGACUCACACAGGAGAGAAACCCUUUGUGUGUCCUGAUUGUGGUAAAUGUUUCAGUCACAAUUUCACUCUAGUGAAACACCAGAGGACUCACACAGGAGAGAAACCCUUAGUGUGUCCUGAUUGUGGUAAAUGUUUCAGUCACAAUUUCACUCUGGUGAAACACCAGAGGACUCACACAGGAGAGAAGUGGUAUGAGUGUCCUGAUUGUGGCAAAAGUUUUAGUAAGAAUUCCAGCCUCGUGACACACCAGAGGAUUCACACAGGAGAGAAACCCUUUAAAUGUAAUGAUUGUGGUAAAAGUUUCAGUACCAAUUUCAGCCUUGUGAUACAUCAGAGGAUUCACACAGGAGAGAAACCCUUUGAAUGUCCUUACUGUGGGAAAGGUUUUAUUCAGAGUUCCAGCCUCGUGAUACACCAGAGGAUUCAUACAGGAGAGAAACCCUUUGAAUGCCCUGAUUGUGGUAAAAGUUUCAGUACCAAUUUCACCCUGGUGAUACACCAGAGGACUCACACAGGAGAGAAUCCCUUUGUGUGUCCUGAUUGUGGUAAAGGUUUCAGUCAGAAUUCCACCCUGGUGAAACACCAGAGGACUCACACAGGAGAGAAACCGUUUGAAUGUCCUGACUGUGGGAAAAGUUUCAGUCAGAAUUCCAGCCUUGUGACACACCAGAGGAUUCACACAGGAGAGAAACCCUUUGAAUGUCCUGAUUGUGGGAAAAGUUUCAGUACCAAUUUCAGCCUCGUAACACACCAGAGGACUCACACAGGAGAGAAACCCUUUAAAUGUACUGAUUGUGGUAAAAGUUUCAGUACCAAUUCCACCCUGGUUCAACACCAGAGGACUCAUACAGGAGAGAAACCCUUUAAAUGUCCUGACUGUGGGAAAAGUUUCAGUCAGAAUUCCACCCUGGUUCAACACAAGAGGAUUCACACAGGAGAGAAACCCUUUAAAUGUCCUGACUGUGGGAAAAGUUUCCGUCAGAAUUCCAACCUCAUAGGCCACCAAAGGAUUCACACAGGAGAGAAACCGUUUGAAUGUUCUGAUUGUGGGAAAUGUUUCAGUCAGAAUUCCAGCCUGGUUCAACAACAGAGGACUCACACAGGACGGAAACCGUAUGAGUGUCCAGACUGUGGGAAAGAUCUCAGUACUAGGUUUAACCUUAUCAAUCAUGUCUUUAUACACAAAGGGGAGAAUCCAUUUUAGUGCCCUGAGUGUAGACCAUGCUUCAGGAAAGUUUCUACCCUUAUCGCACCAAUAAAAUCUCCUGAGGCCCCAAGUGAUUAGUGUAGAGAAGAGCUGAAUUUCAUUUCUAGUGUCCCAUUGUAAGUCCAGCUGAGAAAUUGACCAUUUAAAUUGAUUAAAUUAAAUAGAAUUUGCCUGGUUUUUUGUAGGCAAAUAUCUUAUGGUAUUAGAUGAAGAAAGAAAAAGUUGGAACAUAUUACUUUGAUAAUGGGUAUCUGGACUUCAGUGUAAGAAAUUGCUGGAUAUUUAUUUUUGUUGAAAUUGGGCAAUUAUGUAAAAUCUUUGGGGGUGUUAUUUGUAUUUGAGUAUGGUGGAUGAUAGAAAUGCUAUGAGCCACGAGUCCCACCCAGGUUCAAAGUUUAUCUUUUCCUAACAGUUCCAGGAAUUCAGUGCACCAAACAUGUCUGUUCAGAUUGUGUCAAGAAUGAGGCAUGCAAGUCAAGGGUGGGUUCUACCGGUUCUGUGGGCGUGGCUUAUUUUGUGGGCGUGGCUUGAUGGUCAUGUGACUGGAUGUGGCUUGAUGGUCAUGUGACUGGGUAGGCAUGGCCAACUCAAUGUCACUCACGUCAAGGGGUGCCUCGCCUGGCCCCUCCCCUCCCAGCCAUUCCUUGUCACACCCAGCCUCAACCUAUCUAUAGUUCUGCAAAAAUGUUCACCUUUUUUCACCUUUAUUAUCUACAUACUAUAGAUCAGGGGUCUCCAACCUUGGCCACUUUAAGACUUGUGGACUUCAACUCCCAGAAUUCCUCAGCCAGGUUUGAUUUGACCGUUCUAGGUUUGAAGUCCACAAGUCUUAAAGUGGCCGCGGUUGGAGACCCCUGCUAUAGAUGCACUUUCAUGGACCACUGAAAGGAGGAAAUGGCUCACAUGCUUUGCCCAAGAGUGUGAUAGGCAACAGGCUUUUAAGGGGCUGCCAGAAAGAAAGGGGGGCAAGGUAUUUUCCAAAGCACCAGAAGGCAAAACAAGAAGCAAUGGAUGGAAACUGAACAAAGAGAGAAGCAACCUAAAACUAAGGAGAAACUUCCUGACAGUGUGAACCAAUAUAGGUUUCAGGUUUUAUAUUUCACAUAUAAAAUAGCCAUUUGUGUAAUACAACCUGCAUAUUGUUCAAAACAGUCAUUAGUAUUAUGGCUGAUGUUUGAGAGCAAGCCUAAAAUCCCCAUUCCCUCCCCACCCCACUAAUCUGUUCUGGGAAGGAAUCAAACUCCCCCCUCUUCAUUUCCCAAAUAAAAUAUUUCUCGUAAGAAAAGGCUCCCACAUAAGCAACGAAAAAGCAAGCUGCUAAUAAGUAACCUGCUGGAAUUCCACAUUCCUGCCAGCUGCAUAAAGGAAACUUUGUAAGCAGAAAACAGCUACUGGUGCUUAGAGAGUGGAAACCAGAAGUUAGGCUCCAUUUACAAGCAGGCAGAAAACUCAUUCAAGACAGGAUAAUUCAUAAUGGAAAUCGCCCAAACCUUUUUAGAAACACAAAGCCUAUGUUGCACAAACCCCAAAACUUCAAAAACAUAGAACCAUAUAUGAAUUCCUCCUCUUAUCCAGUUUGUUGUUCAGCUGACCCAGAAACAAACUGCUUCUGCAAGUAAAAACCUCCUUCGAGCAGCUGCAUCAAUUUAAAGCGAUGGCGUCUUUUUCUUCUUCUUUGCCAAGUGAUCUCCUGGCUGAGAAGCGAGUCCUAAUUUUUUCAUUCUAGCCGAUCAGUUGGGAGGCUUCUUGGCGUCUCAAUUUAAAGCGACGGUGUCUUUUUCCCCCCCCCCUCUUCUUUGUCAAGUGGGCCCUGAUUUUUUCCUUCUAGCCGAUCAUCUGGAAGUCCGGAGGCAGCAAUAGAUUGAGGGCAGGGGCAGGCAGAAAUGGCAUUUACCGGUUUUCCAAACUACUCAGAAUGUUUACUACCAGUUCACAAGAACAAGGAAGAACCGGUAGCAACCCACCAUUGAUGCAAGUGGAAGAAACCAUAUGAAUAGCAAAUAUAUUGCGGGAGGUUGAGACAGUGAUAAAAGCAGUGUAAAAUUUCAGAUGUAAAGGCUGUUCUGCCCUGCAGGUGACCUUCAUGGUUCAAGAGCCAUAAGAAGCAAUUCGACUGAAACAUAUCUGUUGCUACAUAUUCCUUCUCUCCCCAGAUUUUAUUCGAUUUGUUGCUACAUGCUUUAAAACGGGUUCUCCUUCAUAGUAGGGAUGACUUGUGAUUUUAUGGACACCUUCUUUUUUUGGAAACAAUAUGAACUCUUAUGCCACUGCUGUCUUCCAUGAUUUUUUUUUACCUAGGAAACAAACACAGGAUUUCCUACUGGUGCAACAUCCAUUUAUUAUCCUGGAAGAACUGGGCUUAACCUAGGAUUUUUUUAAUAGUACCUAUUGUGCACCCUUUGGGAUGUUCAGUUUUGUAGACAGUCUUCCCUUACCGCUUACAUACCCAGUUCCUGCAACCGUUCUGCAUAUGUUUUAGCCUCCUGACCUCUAAUCAUCUUUGUUGCUCUUCUCUGCACUCUUUCUAGAGUCUCCACAUCUUUUUUAGAUCAUGGUGAUCAAAACUGAAUGCAAUAUGCCAAGUGUGGCCUUACCAAGGCAUUAUAAAGUGGUAUUAACACUUCACAUGAUCUUGAUUCUAUCCCUUUCUUUAUGUAGCCCAGAACUGUGUUGGCUUUUUUGGCAGCUGCUGCACAUUGGUGGCUCAUAUUUAAAUGGUUGUCCACUAGGACUCCAAGAUCCCUCUCAUAGUUACUACUAUUGAGCAAGGUACCACAUAUACGGUACCUUUGCAUUUUGGUUUUUUUUGCCUAAAUGAAGAACCUUACUUUUUUCACUGUUGAAUUUCAUUUUGUUAGAUAGUUCAAGUCUGUCAAGAUUCUUCUGUCUUUUGAGCCUAUCUUCUGGAAUGUUGGCUAUUCUUACCAGCUUGGUGUCAUCUGCAAAUUUGAUGAGUUCCCCAUCUAUCCCCUCAUCCAAGUCAUUGAUGAAGAUGUUGAAGAGUACUGGGCCUAAAACAGAGCCUUGGGGUACUCCACUGCAUACUUCCCUCCAUAUAGAUGCAGUUCCAUUGAAAACUACAUAUUGAGUGCGAUUGGUCAGCCAGUUACAAAUCCAUCUGGUGGUGGUGCUGUCUAACCCAUAUUUUUCUACUUCAUCUAGUAGUAGGUUAUGGUCUUCUUUAUCAAAUGCUUUACUGAAGCCCAAGUAAAUUAUAUUGACGGCAUUCCUCUGGUCCACUAAUUUUGUCACUUUGUCAAAGAAUGCAGUAAGAUUAGUCUGGUAUGAUCUGUUUUUGACAAACCCAUGUUGGCUUUUGGUUAUUACUUUGUUUGCUUCUAGGUGUUUGCUGAUUGAUUGCUUGAUUAUCUUUUCCAUAAUCUUCCCUGGUAUUGAGGUUAGGCUGAUAGGUCUGUAGUUUCCUGGAUCUGUUUUUUUUCCCUUUUUUGAAGAUGGGAACUACAUCAGCUCUUUUCCAGUCCUCUGGCAGUUCCCCUGUGUUCCAGGAUCUUUGAAACAUAUAGUUCAGUGGUUCUGAGAUCUCGUCUGCCAGUUCCUUCGGAACCUUGGGGUGUAAUCCAUCCGGUCCUGGUGGUUUGAACACGUCUAGGGUAGACAGGUGUUCACUUACCAUUUUCUUCCCUAUUUUAACUUGUGUUCCUAAUCUUUUUUUUUUUUUUGCUGUGCUGUUUUUGAUAGGUUGGAUUGUUUUUUCCUUUUGUGUAGACAGAUGCAAAAAUGAGUUAAGUAGUUCUGCUUUCUCCCUGUUGCUUGUCACCUUCUUGCCACUUUAUCCCAGUAAUGGGAUAAUUUUUUUUCUUGUUUUUAACAUGUUGGAAAAAGCUUUUUUUGUAAUUUUUUUACAAAAGGCUUUUUUCGCAAGCCUUUGUUCAUUGUGAGCCUUAGCUUUCCUCACUUCAUCUUUACAGGCUCGGGUUAUUUGUUGAUAUUCUGCCUCAGUUAUUUGGCUCUCUUUCCCACUUUUUAUACUUGUCCUCUUUGUCUUUCAAUUUGUCAGAGAAUUCUUUAUGCAGCCAUGCUGGUUUGUUUUGAGAUCUAUUAUUUUUCUUCUUCAUUGGUAUUGUGUUAGACUGGGCUUUUAUAAUCUCACUUUUCAAAAUUUCCCAAACUUCUUGAGUUGUUUUCGCCUUGAGGAUUCUCAUCCAUGGAAUCCUUUUCAAGCUCUCUCUAAAUUUACUGAAAUUAGCUCUCUUAAAGUCCAAGACUCUAGUUUGACUUUGUUCUACUACUUGUGUUUGCAUAAUGUUGAAUUCCAAUAUUGCGUGCCCCCCAAAGUUCCUGUAGCUUCAACACCUUCUAUCAUUUCAUCUCUGUUACUGAGAAUUAAGUCCAAUAUAGCUGAUUCCCUUGUUCCCUUCUCUACUUUUAGGGAAACAAAGCUGUAUGCUAGGUUUGAUGUUUGCUAGUUAACAUAUUUAUAAAGGAUUAACAUAUUGACUGUAACCUUGUUGCUUGUAUCGUUAUGAUUUAUAUUGACUGUUUCCUAAUAUGAUUUGAUUGAUUAUUUGUACCCUAUGACUAUCAUUAAGUGUUGAACAUUAUGAUUCUUGACGAAUGUAUCUUUUCUUUUAUGUACACUGAGAGCAUAUGCACCAAGACAAAUUCCUUGUGUGUCCUAUCACACUUCGCCAAUAAAGAAUUCUAUAAUAUUACAUAUCAUAACAGUGGCAAGAAUAGUUUAUACCCAACAGUGGAAGAGUGAAAACAUACCUAAAGAAAAGGAAAUAAUAAAGAAAAUACUUGACUGUGCAGAAUGUGAUAGACUUAUGCUAGAACUGAAAAAUAAAGGAGAGACAGACUACUAUGAGAUUUGGAAUAGAUUUUAUCAAUGGUUAGACUUAAGGAAUUGAAGUCGGAACGAGUAAGAACAAGGAGGCAUAGAUUGAAACAAAAGGCAAUAUAUUUAAUAUAGUAUGUAAGUGUAUAAGAGGUUAAGUAUGUGUAUAUAAUUAAUAAGCAGUAAAGUAUACUGAAUACAUAAGUG